AUGGACUCCAAGAUCCCUCACGGCACGCCCGACCUCGAAGUCGAGGCGGAAGAUGAUGAUGAUCAGAUCGGUCGUGCCGCCCGCGUCACAUUCAAGGACUCCUCAGCCCCUACUGAUAUAGAGGGGAUGCGGUCUAUCUACCAGCCGGCACAGUUCACCCGCACUCAUUCUGUCGGCCGGGAUACGAUUCAAAGCACCCGCAGCAGCAGCCAGACUGCCACGGCAGCAAAUUCUGGUUUCCCCAUCGAGUUCCGAACCCUGUCAAUCCAGAUCUCAGAGUCUCAGAAUGCCCCGAAAGAGGUCAUCGUCGAGCCUCCCAGGGAGAAGCUACCCGAUCAAGACUACUUCGAGAGCCUCGACUUCCAUACCAUCACUCAAGAGAAACUGUUACAAGAGUUCAAUGUCGACCAGCGCACUGGGCUGAGCAGUGAGUCAGCUGCCAACCGUCUCGCCCGGGAUGGAAAGAACGUCAUUGCGCGUCACAGCGAGAACUAUUGGAAGAAAAUCUUCUUCUACGUCUUUGGUGGAUUCUGUUCGAUCUUGUGGGUUGGUGUGAUCAUUUUCUUCAUCUGUUGGAAACCUCUCAGCAACCCACCCUCGGCUACAAACCUCGCCAUGGCUGUCUUGGUCAUCAUUGUCAUCGUUUUACAAGCAAGUUUCUCGGCUUUCCAAGAUUGGUCGACAAAGAGGGUGAUGAAUUCGAUCUUGGGUCUGCUACCAUCCGAGGCCUUGGUGAUGCGUGACGAGAAGCUGACCCGUCUCCCUGCAACGGAGCUGGUCACUGGUGAUAUUGUUCAGAUCAUGGUCGGGAACAAAGUCCCUGCUGAUAUGCGUCUGCUCUCAACCUCGGGUGACGUUCGCUUUGAUCGUGCUAUUCUGACCGGAGAAUCUGACGAGGUUGACGGUGCUACCGACGCGACGGAUGCAAACUUUCUCGAGACUCGUAAUAUCGCCAUGAUGGGAACUUUGGUCACCAAUGGAAAUGCCACCGGUGUUGUUGUACUCACUGGUACUCGGUCUGUCAUGGGCCGCAUUGCCAAGAUGACGGCGGGUGUCAAACAGAAACCGACUCUCAUCCAGAAGGAGAUCAACCGCUUCGUCACUAUCAUUGUCGCUAUGACUAUCACAUUGGCACUGUUAAUUCUGUUCACCUGGAUUGGAUGGCUCCGCAAGGAUCACCCUACCUACAUGAGCGUUGUCGCUAUGCUUAACAAUGUCAUGGGCUGUGUCGUCGCCUUCAUCCCCGAAGGUGUUCCAGUCGGUGUUGCCUUGACGCUCAUGAUGAUUGCCCGGCGCAUGAAGAAGAACAAUGUUCUUCCCAAGGGCCUGGCAACCGUCGAGACUCUUGGUUGUGUGAACGUUAUUUGUUCCGACAAGACAGGAACUUUGACUCAAAACCGCAUGUUUGUCAAGUCGGUCGGCAUGGUUGACUGGGAGUUCCAAAUUGAGGACCUACAUGCCGGUGCUGAAGCACCCGAGAGUCUAACUAACCUGAUGCGUGCAUCAGUCCUCUGCAACGAUGCUACAUUUGAUGCUGAUACCAUGUACCUGCCCGCACACGAUCGCACUGUCAACGGCAAUGCUACGGAUGCUGCAGUCCUACGACUCGCCGCCAGUGUCGGUGCGACUGCGCAGAACAACCUCGAGUCCUAUGAGCGCAUUCACCAAAUCCCGUUCAACUCCAAGAACAAGUGGAUGCUUACCAUGCAUCGCGAUCCUGCCGCCGACAAAGGAUACCUCGUCUACGUCAAGGGUGCACCCGAUGUUCUCUUGGACCGUUGUUCCUCCUAUUGGUCUGCAGUCCACAAUGCAGAGCGCCCGCUAGACCAGGCAGCCCGUCAAAAGUUCUCUUCUUUCCAAGCGAAGCUUUCUCGUCGUGCCGAGCGUGUGAUUGUACUUUGUCAACGUCACUAUGUACCAACCAGCGAACCGGGCUCCAACGGCUUCAGUGACGAGAUCGUGGCCUCGGGCGUUCAGGAACUGACUGUUCUUGGUAUUUUCGGUAUCAUCGAUCCACCGAGGCCGGAGACUGCCCAAACUGUCGCUCAGUGCCGUCGUGCUGGUAUUCGGUUCUUCAUGGUCACUGGUGACUUUGGACUUACAGCCGCUGCAAUUGCUAAGGAUAUUGGUAUCUACGAUGGCGCAAUGGAGCCGGAUACCAUUGAUACUUUACGUGAUUACGACAACGAAGCUAAGGCGCUCCGCUCAAGUCAUAGCUUGCUUCUUGAGGGAACAAGUCUCUCUUCCUUGACUCAGGAUGAGUGGACCACUGUCUGCGGAUAUGAAGAGGUCGUCUUUGCUCGUACCAGUCCCGAACAGAAGCUGCGUAUCGUCACCGAACUCCAAGCAAAGGGCAAUAUCGUUGCAGUGACAGGUGACGGCGUCAACGAUGCCCCGGCUUUGCGUGCAGCAAAUGUCGGUGUUGCCAUCGGCUCCGGCAGUGACGUCGCAAUCGAAGCAGCCGACCUGGUCCUCCUCGACCGGUUCGAUUCCAUCAUUGAAGCUAUCCGCCUCGGUCGUCUGGUCUUCCAGAACCUGCAAAAGGUCAUCGCCUAUCUCCUGCCGGCCGGUUCCUGGUCCGAGAUCUGGCCCGUAUUGAUGAACGUCUUCUUCGGCGUUCCAUCCCCCCUGAGUUCCUUCCUCAUGAUCAUUAUCUGUGUCUUCACCGAUCUCUUCCUCUCCCUCUCUCUCAUUAUGGAAAAAGAAGAAUUCGAUCUCAUGAGCCUCCCUCCUCGACGCCCGAAAGAAGACCACCUCAUCAACCUCCGCAUCUACGGCCAAUCCUACCUCUUCGUCGGUGUCAUAGAAGCCUUCAGCGCCCAUGCCAUGUUUUUCCUCUACAUGUGGAAAGCCGCUGGCAUCCCCUUCUCAGACCUCGUGUUCGCUUUUGAGGGCUACACCGCCGGCUUCCACGGAUACACAGAAGACCAGCUCACGCACUUCAACAACGUCGGUCAAUGCGUGUACUUUGUCACUCUGGUCAUCAUGCAGUGGGGAAAUAUCCUCUCUGUCCGGAGCAAGCGCAUGUCCAUCCUCCAAGCUGAUCCUAUCCGUCCUGCGCGUCGCAACCCAUGGCUUCCUCUCGCAAUGCUCAUCUCCCUCGUCAUCGCCAUCUUCGUCACCGAGGUCCCGGGCAUCCAGUCCAUCUUCGGAACGGCUUCGGUCCCAAUCGAGUUCUGGUUCAUCCCGCUUGGCCUUGCCCUUGGUGUGCUCGCAAUGGACGAGCUUCGUAAGGCGCUGGUCCGGUUAUUCCCCAAGGGACCUGUUGCGUGGGCAUCGUGGUAA